CGUAAGUUGGUUAUAUUGGCAAGGUAACAAAGAAAGCUAAAACUUCAUCUCUAAGCCAGUGCCGACAACUUAUCAUCCUCUCGUUUUCGCCAACGGUGCGGCAACGAAGACAUCAUGCAGUCUGCGGCGCGUCUGGUUCUGCGGCCAGUGCUGUUGGCGAGGCGUGCCGGCGUGGAAGCAAUCGCAACCACUCCGUCGACGUGCGUGCGGGCCUUGCCAGGCACCUUUUACGGGCGCCGCUGGUUCUCAUCAUCCCCCCCGUCAGAAGAUACCCUCCGCAAGGCGGAGCGUAUGGUAGAGCUGAUGGGACAGAGCACUCAGUUGCAGCAAAUCAUGAUGAAUGUGCUGCCUGGUCCGCUGCGCAAUCCUGACGUCUUCAAGCAGCUCUUUGGGGACCCGGCCAUGCGGCGACAGAUUGCGGAAAUCAUUGCAGCGCGCGGCCUCUCCAUUCCGGACCACCUGUUGGAUCGCAUGAGUCCGGCAGCCAUGGACGACACCUUUGCUCGCGCGUCCCGGCUGGGUCUGGACCCUGGCCAGAUGUUCACCAAACUCAUGGGGCAUCCGGGGCUGCUGGCCAAGCUGCAGCAGCCUCGCAUCUUGGCUGCCUUCCUGGAUAUUAGCGAGGACCCGUCACGCGAGAUCAAGUACGAAGGGGAAAAGGAUCUGCUGGAGGUGGUGCACAAGGUGCGGGAAAUUAUGGGUACCUCGAAACCCCGGGCUGCACCUGCAGCUAGUGCGCCCGCUGCCAGCACAAUUGAGCUGCCACCAUCGCCACCAUCCAGGUCGGAGACAGAGGGCGUUGCCUCUGUUAGCGGAGGCGUCCCGCCUCCCCCGGGCCAGCCGCCUAGUGGAGAGUCUGCCGGCGUCAGCGGAGCCCUGGACAGUAUUGCUUCCAAUAGUAGGGCAGCAGCCAUGAAUCCGUUAAUAGCACUUAUGUCUACCGAUCGCGAAGCUUCAAAGUGGCUAGAUAAUCCGCAAGUUGUGGCUGCUUUUGAGGAGGUACAUCGGAGCCCUUGGAAGACAGUCAAGUAUAUUUUUAAUCGUGAUGUUAUGGCAGCGUUUAAGGACCUCAAAGAGCUGAUGCGAAAAAAGAAAUUGUGAAGGGAUUGUUGUAACGCCUUUACAGC